UCCAUAGGUUGAUCCUGAUGACAGAGACAAUGAUGCAGGCUUUGGGAGUUUAUGAAGAGAUUAAAAGAAACUUCAGCAAUUACCACCCAAGUUGAUCCAGAGGAAGUGGUAUGGCAGUUCCUUAGAGCCUGGGCAUGUUUGCAAGACACGGUACUACAAGCUUACAAAUAGCCACUUACCUCUGGUAAGUAAAGAAUACUUCCAGAUACCUCCACAAAGAAGCUGGAAACUAAAAGCAACAUGUCAUCGAUUGCAUCCUACUACAAUGGAAAGUCAGUACUUAUUACCGGAGCCACAGGUUUUUUGGGCAAAGUGCUAGUGGAAAAGCUGUUGCACUGCAGCCCUGAUGUGAAAAGUAUUUAUAUUCUUGUGAGACCCAAGUCUGGACAAUCAACACAAGAGAGAGUGCAGGAUAUGGUGAAGUGUAAGGUGUUUGAUAGAGUCAGAAAAGUGUGGCCAAACUUCUAUGAGAAGAUUAAACCAAUCAAUGCUGAACUUGCCCAGCCAAAUCUGGCCAUUGCUCCUGAGGAUGCUCAGGAGCUCUUCUCCGAAGUUAACAUUAUCUUCCAUUGUGCUGCAACAAUUCGCUUUGAUGAGCCACUGAGGCAAGCCCUUCUGUUAAACGUCAUGGGAACAAAGCAGCUCCUGAAGUUGGCCCACCAGAUACAGAACCUUGAGGCCUUCAUCCACCUUUCAACUGCCUAUGCAUACUGUAAUCGGAGUUACAUAGAUGAAGUCAUUUAUCCUCCUCCUGUGGAUCCCCAGAAACUUUUUGAUCUUGUAGAGUGGAUGGAUGAGUCCCUCAUUCAAGAGAUCACACCCAAACUGAUUGGGGAUUGGCCCAACACCUACACAUUCACCAAAGCCUUGACAGAGUACGUAAUUCAGCAAGAGAAAGGUAACCUAAAUACUGCCAUCGUUCGACCAUCCAUCGUGUGCUGCAGCUGGCAAGAACCUUUCCCCGGGUGGAUUGAUCAGUUCAAUGGACCAUGCACUUUCUUGAUUGCGACUGGAAAGGGGAUUGCACGGAUUGUAAAAUGCAACGAAGAUGCAGUUGCAGAUAUCAUUCCUGUAGAUAUUGCCAUCAAUUUGAUCCUUGCUGCUGGAUGGUACACUGCAGUUCAGAGGCCCAAGUCACUGUUGGUAUACAACUGUAUAACAAGUACCAUCAACCCAUUUUCCUGGGGAGAAAUGCGCGAUGUUGCCAUGGGCAUAUUUGAGAGGAUUCCCCUGGAGAAAGCCUUCAGAAUCCCUAAUGCAUGCAUGACCAAAAGCGACUUUUCGUAUGAGUAUUGGAGAACUGUUAGUCACAAGUUCCCUGCCUUUCUCUAUGAUUUGUAUUUAAGGCUAACUGGAAGGAAGCCAAGAAUGAUGAAGAUGUACAACCGCCUCCACAAGUCCAUGAUGCUCUUUGAUUUCUUUGCCAGCCGUUCCUGGGAAUGGAAAUCAGACAAUAUGAACAUGUUACUGAACCAACUUAGUCCAAAAGACAAGAAAUUGUUCUUCUUUGAUGUCCGUCAGUUGAAUUGGUCAGCAUACAUAGAAUGUUUCUGUCUAGGAGCUAAGACGCAUGUGCUGAAUGAAGAUUUGGCUGGCAUUCCUGCAGCAAAGGAGCAUUUACGAAAGCUAAGAAACAUUCAAUAUGUCAUCAACACCACCCUGAUUGUGUUCAUCUGGCGCAUAUUUAUUGCAAGGUCGCAAAUGGCACAAAAUAUGUGGUACUUUGUGGUACAGCUCUGCUACAAGUUCCUUAGCUACUUUAGAGUUUCCAGCACCCUCAGGCAUUGAACAUACCUGUACCAGCUCUUGGAAGGACCUCCAGUCAACAACUGUGUGCGUGUUUGAGCUUCAGAGCAGCAGAGUAUCUCUCAGCUGCUGUGUCAUUCAACAUAUUUCAUAUGUUAAUAAUAAACCACCAUCUUCCAUCUCUAAGUCUACCAGGCUACAUAUCAAAGCCAUAACUAAAUAUUUGGACACAGGUCAUUUUAGAGCACUUACCCCUGCUGAAGG